AUGCGUCAGUACUCCUUGGUCUUUCUUCUUCUCGCCCUUAGCGGUCUAUUGGACGCCCAGCCAUCCGGCAAGUAUUGUGGUUCAGGGUCUACCAUAUUCGGCGACUUUGCAGUCGAAAUCGUCAUCACAAGCUCAACGACAGCCGACAUUUACGCUGUAUACACUCCCCCUGGCGGAGACGCGGGAGGUGGUAACGUGAAGGAUGUUAAAUACACUUACGACUCUUCAAAUGGCGACAUCACUGUCACUGAC